AUGAAAUAGUUCAAAGAAAUUUUGUGUUUAUAAGUUGUUAAAGUCGAACUUACUUAAAGAAUAUCAAAAUCUGAUGCAGAAGAACCGAUCCAUUAUGGCAUUAUUUUAACAACCCAAAACUAAGAAUAAUAUGUUGUGCAUAAUGGUUAUAAAUUUGGAAAAGCUUAAGACUUUGUCCUAACAAGCAUCUGUAAUAUUAGUAAGAGCUGGAAGAUUUAUGAAACAUAUGAAUUAGGGAAACCUAUUAAAUUAGAAGUCCUCUUUUUAGCUGGAUGUUGUGGGCAAAAUAUGAAAUAUAAUCCUAUAUACAAUAACAGUAAGCAUGCAUAAGAUAGGAUUGUGUAGAAAGUCAAGGAGUUAUCUAAUCAAAGUCAACUAUUGGUUUAAUGA